AUGGCUCACAGCAACAAAGACCCCGAGUUGAUCGGUUACGCCGAACCCUGGAUCGUGGACCCUGGGGAGUCAGUAGAUAUCAAGGUUUCGUCAACCGAGAAGAACUACAGUCACCGUUUAGUGCGACUCAUCCAGGGCCGUCGAGGGCCUCAUGACCCGCCGUUCGCCGCAGAGGAGAUCGCCGAAGUUCCGAAGGGAUCUCGUGAAGAUGGAUACUACCAGGACGCUUGCCCAGGAUCUUACGCCCGUGUAUCUUCAUGGGCGACCGUGCCGUACUCGGAGAAAGAUGGCAUGGAUGUCCAGUUCUAUGUACAACCCUAUUUGCUUGAGACGGAUCACUGCCAAUCCAUCAUAUCCUGCCUCGAUCAAGAUUCUCGGACAGGAUUUGCAGUGAUGAUCCGAGACUCAAAGUUCAACUUCGUCAUCGGGACGGGAGGUCAGAUCGAGGUGUUUCAGAGCCAGUAUCCCGUGAAUCGUUGGAGGUGGCUGAGGGUUCGAAUGAGUUUUGUCAACUCGAACUUCACCUGGAGCAUCAAACAGUUGAACCGUCUGGCAGAGCAAUCACCAGGCACGGAAACAGCGGCACAUCGAAUGUCGGCCCCGAUGGUCCUGGGAUCCAAGGCUCUUAUAUUUGGUGCAGGGAUGUUCGAGGACAUUGGCCGAGCGGGCUCAAAGCCGUCGUCCUUUUUCAACGGUCGUCUGGACUCUCCUUCCUUCAGAAUCACUGGUCCAAAUGCACAGAUUGCCGCGGAGUAUGACUUUUCCCGCGAGAUAUCCAGCGACCGCAUCGUUGAUAUUUCUGGACAUGGUCGGCAUGGUGUUCUCAUCAAUGCGCCUACACGAGCGGUAAAGGGCUACAAUUGGGAUGGUUCCGAGCCAGACUGGACGAAAGCAAGUUACGGCUACGGGGCGAUUCACUUCCACGAAGAUGACCUUGACGAUGCGAAAUGGUCGACCAGUUUCACCCUCACCAUUCCCUCCACAGCCCGAUCGGGUGCGUAUGCCGCUGAGGUAAAAUCUUCCAGCGGAGCCUGCGACAUGAUCACUUUUUUUGUGCGUCCCAACGUGAAAUCCAGGGUACGCGUGGCGCUAAUAUUGACUACGUUUACCUACCUCGCCUAUGCCAAUGAACGGAUGUUUGAUCAAUCUAGAUCCUCGGCGAUGGUAACCCCGGAUGGCGUUAGUAUUGGGGGUCACAACGAGUACUACAAAAACCUUGUUAAACGACCAGACCUAGGACUCUCAGCCUACGAUGUCCAUCGAGAUGGCUCUCCUUGUGCAUUUUCGAGCGCUCGCCGACCGAUCCUCAAUACUCGACCGGGAUAUGUUCACUGGGCCCUGGAACGGCCUCGCGAAUUUAGCGCUGAUCUACUCAUGAUCGGUUUCCUGGAGCAGACCGGGAUAACAUACGAUGUUAUCACAGAUCACUGCCUACACACCAAAGGACACAUAGCGACCGCCGAGUAUGAAACGCUGAUUACUGGGUGUCACCCUGAAUACCACUCGCUGCAAACACUUGACGCUUUCAGUGACUUCGCAAAGUCGGGAGGCAAUUUGAUGUACCUGGGCGGCAACGGGUUCUAUUGGGUCGCCGAUGUCGAUCCUGCACGCCCCCAUCGCCUUGAGGUUCGUAAAGGCGAUCAGGGCUGUCGCUCUGUGACGUUCCCCGCUGGCGAACGAACGCAUAGUCUGACCGGAGCCCACGGCGGACUCUGGCGCAGCCGUGGCCGUGCUCCCAACUACCUCUUUGGUAUCGGAGCAUGCGCGUUUGGGACCGGGAAAGGGGUGCCGUAUAUCCCAGACUCACAACAUGCCACCGACCCUAGAUUCUCCUGGGUGUUUGAUGGCAUAAAGCCUCAUGAGCUGAUUGGGGCAAAUGGAUUUGGUGGCGGUGCCAGCGGCGAUGAGAUUGAUCGACUGGAUUAUGAACUCGGAUCACCUACUGAUGCGGUUGUUCUAGCCACCAGCCAACGCCACGACGAUAGCUUUGGGCUGUUCAACGAAGACCAAAUGUUCCCGAUGGUAAAUACUCUCGGGUCGGUAUGCGACCGUGUCAGAAGCGACAUCGUAUACUACGAGACUGCAGGCGGUGGUGCGGUGUUUUCCGUUGGGAGCAUCAAUUGGUAUAGCAGUCUGGCAUGGAACAACUUUAAUAACAAUGUGGCUAUUAUGACAGGAAAUGUUCUGAAAGAGUUCUGCAAGCGAGGAAAAGGCGAAGGACAGAACGCAGAUCUAUAAGCUAAGCCAAGAUGUACGCG